GCUUGCCAGUGCGCCCCUUUUGAUUGGGCUGACAGUUUGAGAGUGUGUGCGUGCGUGUGAAUCUUCUCUCUAAUCAAAUUAGAGAAAAAUCGGGGAAAUCUCGCGAAAAUGACUCUAUAUCACUUUGGAAAUUGCCUAGCACUCAUCUACGUUCCCUACUACCUCACCUACAAGUACUCAGGAUUGUCUGAAUAUGGGGCUUUCUGGAAGUGCAUCCAGGCGGGCGCGAUCUACGCCUUCACACAGCUCUGCAAGAUGCUAGUGCUGGCCACAUUCUUCCCAGACACUGAGACCAUCUCCAAUGCGGGCGACUUUAGCGCCUUGGCGGAAUUCCUGCGCUGCACUGUUGACAUUGCCGAUCUCAUGGGGCUCACGCUGGUGCUCUCGCGCAUCCCCGGCAAGGGUCACAGCAAGCUCAUCACAGCCGGCCUCGGCUGGGCCACGGCUGAGCUCAUCCUCUCGCGCGCCCUCAUGCUUUGGGUGGGCGCGCGCGGGGCGGAGUUCAGCUGGAUCUACAUCCAGAAGUGCCUGGAGUCGAACAUCCUCCUGGCGCAGCAUCUCACCACGGCCACACUGCUCUGGCUCUUCUCUCGGCACGACCUGGACAAGAAGUUCGCGCCGGUGGUCACGUUCCUCAUCGUGGCCACGACUUACAAGGGCUUGUGGCUCGACGGCAUCCUGCACGUCCUGAGCCUGGGCCCCUGGACGUGCCUUGCGCUCAAGGCUAUCGUCACGGGCCACAUGGGCGUCAUCUCAGCCUCCAUAAUUCCCGCUGUGGCAUCGUAA